GUUUGCUCGGUGCGGCGGCACAGACCAAGCGCGAUGUCUCACCCCGAAACCGCCGUACACCGACAUCAAAGGAACAAAGCACAAAAGAGAAGAACCUGAACACCAUGACCAUUGCUUUGACAUGUUUGAUUAUGAGACUACCGUUCGUUAAAGGACCCUUAACCGUGAAGACGACGAUGGAUAUAUAGCGGAGCAGAGACCGUUGCUGUCGCACCAGCGAUAACUUCGAAACUCAUUAACGCGACGAGGAUGCUGAUCUUCUCCUUCUUCGCCCUCCUCUUGACGAUACAGCUAGCUGCAGCUGAGCCUGUUUCUGCUGCGACGGCGACAUCAUGUCCAGCAACAACCAACCCAGCCGUCAAAUCCGCACUCUCGCAUCUCUCCAGCCGUAGAGCGACGUCGUUUUGCUCCAGCUAUGCCAGCAUUACGCCCGUGACGAAGACAAUCGUCGUUACGAGUCUGACGACCAAAACGAGUACGAAGACGGCGGUGAAGACGAGUACGAAGCUCGUGAAGGGGAAGAAGACGCAGUGGAGUACGAAGUGGGUCACGAUCACCAAAACUGGGACGAGGACUGCGACGGCGACAAAGACGGUUGAGAAGGAUGUUACGAGUACGAAGAUGGUUACGACUGUCAUUCCGGCUAUCAUCACGAAGGUUGUUUCCGGUACUACGAUCACCAGAGUCACCCGCACGACGACCUCAUACCUCCCCACCACCACCACUGCGACGUUGACGCACCACUCCGGCGUCUACCUCACCGCAACAUCGACCCGAAGCACCCUAACCACCGAGACGAUCCCCGUCACAAUCACAGAUUCCACUGGGAGCAGCACGACCCUAACCAUCACCGCCACGGAAAACCAACCCAUCAUCGAGACCGUCUUCUACAAACGCGACCUCUCCACCGACGACCUCGAGCAAGAUCUCUACAAACGCAGAGUCCCCCCCACUACAAGUAGCACCACGACUUACGCGCCCAGUGCAUUGAGCGCAGCGUGUUCGUGCCUCAUCACUCCCGCAAUUCACACCUCACUCAUCCUCACCCGUCCCAUCCAGACCGCCACCGUGACAGCGACCUCGACUAGCGUCGUCACGUCGACUUCCUACACAAGCACGGUGAAGUCCGUUACGACGAAUACGAAGAAGAUUUGGCGGACGGCGUACGCGACUUCCACAGUCCCCAUCACGGAAACGAAGGUCGUGACGGUUACGGGGACGGUUACGGAUGUUGUGGGGAGUACGGUGACGGAGAGGGGAAGUACCGUGGUGGUGGCGGGGACGAGUACGGUGUUGAGUGUUGUCGAAAAAGCUGUAACUAAGGGUGUUACGGAGGAUAUCACGAUGCCCGUUACGAAAACUGUCAAAACCCUCGUCAAACUGGUGACUGAGACAGCGGUGGCGUAUUCAACGACGACGAGGAUGGAGGAGGAGAGUGUUGUGGUGGAGACGCUGACCGAGACACUGACGGUGGGGAGUACGAGUGUGGUGAGCGUCAAAACCUCGAGUCCUACUUCAUCACCUUUGGUGUUGGCUGCGUCGUUCACGCCGGGACCGUUGAAUCUGGUUAUUGUUACUGAUUUGGGGGAUGGGACUGCCACCGCCGCUUCGUCUGCUUCUUCGGCGUUGACGUCUUCAGGGGUUGUUUCUUCGUCAUCGUCGGCGAGCGAGUCCGCGCCCACGCCCGUGCCGGUGAUGAUCUACGCGCCUACUUCGAGCGCUGUUGCUGUCUCGGACGAGGUGUCGAACAGUAGUAGUCUGACUGAGACUGGGAGUGUUGGUGUUGUUGUGCCGAGUCCUAAUCCUGUUGUGAUUUAUGCGUCUUCGGUUGGGGAUGAGGAUGGUUCGAGUGUCGCGGCUUUGGCUUCGUCUAUCUCGGAUGUUUCAGGCAGUGCAGCUACAUCGGCUGUGGUUGAGGAAGAAAGGACCAUGGCCAGCGAGGCGGCUGCGUCUACGGUCCAGGCGUCUGCGAUCGCUGUUGCUGCUAGUACGAUGGCUGUGAACACCUCCACAUCUGCUGCUCCGUACUCGACUUUGGUUGGUUUGAACACUACUUCGAGCGUCGACGGUGCUGGGUUGAGUUCUACGACUGUGACUGAGAUUUCUUCUUCCCCGAUUGUUGCGUCUCACACGAUUUCGAAGUCUGCGACUGAGACGACUAGUACUUCCGAGGUCGGCGAGCCCAGUUCAUCGGAAGCGGAAUCCAGUGCGGUUUUGGCCGGAACUAGUACAGAGAGCUCAACGACGGAUGAUGUUACGAGUACGGAGGCCACUUCUGCUUCGUUCACGGACGUUAGUUCAAGCUCAUUGUCUGAGGUAUUCACGACCUCGGAGUUGACUUUCUCGGAGACUACUGUUCCGGACGCUUCGAGUUCUUCAUCGACGGAAAUCCCUCAGGCCACUUUGACGGCUGCGGAGUCGAGCGUGACUUCGGCUUCGGCCAGUGCUGUUGAGAGUGCAACGGAGGAGGAGACUACGAGCGCUGAAUCAACUUCCUGUUCCUUGACGGAUGUCAGCUCUAGCUUUUUCGUUGCAUCCUCUACUAGUGAGACUGCAUCCUCUACUAGUGAGACUGCCUCGAGCGAGACGUCUUCGGCCGUCUUCUCGGCUACACAGUCUACAAGCGAUGGCGUGUCUUUAACAGCAGUAUCCGAUGUCGAAAGUGCGUCUCCGAUCGCAUCGUCUAUUCCUAUAGAGAGCAGCAGCGUGUCCAUGAUCUCUUCUGGCGUGGUUGCUUCUUCCACCGAGAAUGUAGCGACGACGACGCCUACGCCUGGAGCGGAUGUACGUUACGUCGAAACUUCACUUAGUGACGAAGCUACAAGCAGCACGAUCAUUUCGUCCGCCACUUCCGUCCUUGUGUCUGCACUUUCUUCGGCUUCAGUUGCUUCUUCGUAUGCCUCCUCAUCCGCUACUUCCUCUGCGGUAUCUUCCGCCUCGGCAGCAUCUUCAUACGCGCCCUCGUCCGCUGUCUCCUCCUCCGCACCUCUUGCAACAAUGGCCAUGAAGCUUUCUGUCAGUGAUGGAACAUCAAUCAGCUUCAGCCUCUUUGGUGGUGCGUACAAUGUGACGGCUGAGUCUGGCAAAGCUGCUAGUCUCACGCUUGCUCCUCGUGCCUCCGGAGCAACAGGCCAGGGUCUCUACGAUAUCUACACCGGCUCUAGCGUCCUGGCUCUCCAGCGCAACCUGCCCGGUGCAGCAUCAGCUGAAGGUGGUAAAGGCUUUUACUUCAUCUUUUCGGCACCCAUCACCAACGGUGUCGUCAAAUGUCCCCGCUCAGCACCCUGUCUCUACGGUGGCUGGAACAUCGAUGAGCAGAAUGGAUUGACCUUUACGACAUCGCUGAACCAGACGUUGAUCUUUGGAACGUUUGUGUACAACAAGGCGGGAAGUGGGGAUGGGAAGACCUAUGUUGUUGGGGAGAAUAGUUUGGCGGCGUUGCAGAAGAGCCCGGAGUAUGUCCAGGGAGCGAGUACUUUGCCACCGACCCAGGUUACCUUGACUGGGGUUGCCCUUUGAGAUAGUGACGAAGCUUGAACGCGAGGAGGGAUGCUGAAGCCCUGGAGGCUCAGCGUGGUGAUUCGUCUUGCUGGUGUUUAGGCGUUGUUAUAGUCAAUCGAUACCCCUUAGAAUAACGAAAAGAUUACUUGAAAAACAA